AUGGCCACUCAGGAUAUCGAACACAUUGGGGACUCCAAGUUGGCUCACUCCAAGGCCGACUCGGACAAGGCACCUUCGGAGGUCGAGGGGAUUCUAGUCACGGUCACUAAUGAAGAUAGUGAGCGCAUUAAAAGAAAGACCGACAAGGUCAUUCUCGCCAUCCUGACGUGGGUUUACUUCCUACAGGUCCUGGAUAAAGGCGUCCUGGGGACUGCGGCCCUUUUCGGUCUCAAAGAGGAUCUGCACCUGAAAGGAAGUGAGUAUUCUCUCAUUGCAUCUAUUGCCCCUAUCGCCCAGCUUGCGUGGCAGCCCUUUUCAGCAUGGCUCAUCGUGAAGGUUCCACCCCGUAUCCUGAUGCCAACUCUGGUCUUUGGCUGGGGAACCGCUGCAGCAUGCUUUGCCGCAUGCAACAGCUUCGGAACUGCGGUCGCUGCUCGUUUCUUCUUGGGUCUUUUUGAAGCUGGGUGCAUGCCGCUCUUUACCAUCAUCACUAGUCAAUGGUAUCGUCGUGUCGAGCAACCGCUUCGAGUCUCGAUUUGGUACUCCAUGAACGGUACUGCGACAAUGGUAGCGGCUGCUUUGUCAUAUGGUCUCGGCCAUAUUCCCUCGGACGUGGUGGCACCUUGGCAAAUCAUCUUCAUCGUUGUUGGAUUAAUUACUAUCGUCACCGCACCCUUUGUCUAUUGGAAAUUAGACAACGAUGCCACCACAGCCCGUUUCCUCACUGAGCACGAACGCCUUCAAGCCGUGGAACGCCUGCGGGCAAACCAAACGGGCGCCUCUACCCACAACUUUGACUGGUCUCACGUCUUAGAGGUGGCUCUGGAACCGAAGAGUUGGCUUUGGGUUGCGAUGGCCUUGCUACCAAACAUGGGUUCCGCCAUGACCAGCAUUUUUGGCCCUCUCAUCGUCCAGGGCUUCGGAUUUGACAAGUACGAGACAUCCUUGCUCAAUAUUCCUUUCGGGGCGGUACAAACUAUCGUUGUCAUUGCCAGUUGCUGGGCUUCCUACAAGGCCAGUUUGAAAUCCGCCGUUCUAAUCGCGUUCAUGCUGCCUGUUGUGGCCGGAAUCGGCAUGCUUUAUGGGAUCAGUCACGAUCAAUCCAAUCAGGGGCCGCUACUUACUGCUUAUUACCUAUGUGCCUUUUUGUUCGCCGGGAAUCCCAUUCUUCUCUCCUGGGCUGUCGCUAACACGGCUGGUGCCGCGAAAACAUCCACCACAAUGGCACUUUACCAGAUUGGUACAUCUGCUGGCGCCCUCGCGGGUCCACUGUUGUUUACUGACGAGCAAGCGCCCGAAUACCUCCCUGGCACUAGGGCCACGCUUGGGUUGUUUAUCGCCUUGAUUGGUUGCAUUGUCAUUCAAGUCUUCAACCUCGCCUUCUUGAACCGGCAGCACAGAAACAAGCGGAUCAGCAAUGGCAAGUCUGCCGAUAUUGUUGAUUAUUCUAUGGCAAAUAAUCUGAACACUACUGAUGGAAAGGUGUUGGAUCACAUGCCAAGCCAAGCGCCACCAUUCAUGGACUUGACAGACCGGAAAAAUGACGAGUUUGUGUAUGUUUAUUAA